AUGUACAUACCGCUAUUACCUGCCUCGAUACCCGCGAGAUCAGUCACCCAGUACCUGCCCGCCUACACAUCUGAGGACUACCUGCGUCAAGGCGUCGACGAUGGGAAACCCGAUGGGCCUAAGAAGGGUCUGGAGGAGUGGUCGAGCUUGAUCGGCAUAAUCACCGCCAUCGUGGGGAACAUCCUCAUCGCCCUGGCCUUGAAUGUCCAAAGAUACGCGCAUAUCCAACUACACAGAGAAAAAGUGCGAGUGCGGGAGCGCGCAAAGCAAGCUCUUAAAAAUGCAAAGAACGGAAACGCUGGGUCGCCGGCGGGCUAUGGGUCCGUGGACGAGCCGCAAGGAGGAGCCCACACGCCCGGCGGCGGCGGCGACGACGACGACGCCCAGGGCGCGCAGGAGUCGGACCCCCUGACGCAGUCCUUCCAGUCCGGCGACUCGCGCUGGUCCGACAGCUCGGACGACGACACGACCAAGCACCCCACGAACUAUCUCCAGUCGCCGUCCUGGUGGCUCGGCCAGAUCCUCAUCACCGUGGGCGAGAUGGGCAACUUCCUGGCGUACGGCUUCGCCCCCGCGUCCAUCGUCUCGCCGCUCGGCGUGGUCGCCCUGGUCUCCAACUGCAUCAUCGCGCCUAUAGUGUUCAAGGAGAAGUUCCGCAAGCGCGAUUUUUGGGGCGUGCUCAUCGCCGUGUUUGGCGCAGUGACCGUUGUCCUGAGCGCGAAUACCCAGGAGACGAAACUGGACCCACAUGCCGUCUGGGAUGCCAUCACCACCACGGAAUUCGAGGUGUAUAUGGGUGUCACCUGCGGCCUGAUUAUCCUUCUCAUGUGGCUGAGUCCUAAAUAUGGCAACCGUACCAUUCUCAUCGACCUCAGCCUCGUGGGCUUGUUCGGUGGUUAUACUGCGCUCUCGACCAAGGGCGUGUCGUCCAUGUUGUCUUCAACGCUGCUGCGGGCUUUCACGACACCGGUGACAUACGUGCUCCUGCUGAUCCUACUGGGCACUGCCGUCAUGCAAGUCCGCUAUGUGAACAAGGCCCUGCAAAGAUUCGACUCGACGCAGGUCAUCCCCAUACAGUUUGUCUCGUUCACACUGUGCGUUAUUAUAGGAAGCGCAGUGCUGUACAGAGACUUUGAGCGAACAACGGGUGAACAGGCCGUCAAGUUCACCGGUGGCUGUUUUCUGACCUUCUUCGGCGUAUUCCUCAUUACUAGCGGUAGGGAUGCGGCAGAUGAGGACGAAGACAUGCUCUCGGAUGACGAAGAUAUCGAAGAGACGAUCGGUCUCGCAGAGCAGGAUCCCGAUGACCCUCCAUCACCUGUGCAGCAGAGACGACGGGGCAGUGACGCAAAGAGCUCACGACGGUCCUCCCGGGUGAGCUUCAUUGACGCCAUCAACAAACCAUUGGCAGUCCUUCAAGAGUCGGGAGUUCCAACAUCAAGGGCGCCUGCUGCAACGCCAAAAGCGUCACUCCUUCCAUCAGCAGAAGCCGGCGAGUCUGCGCCUCUGUUAAGAACACGCUCACAGGAGCGACAUUCAACACCACCAGUCCACCCAGGAAUAGCACAUGCGAUAUCGGAAUCAGCCGUCUCGAUAUCCAGCGUCACACCAAUAAGUUCCGAACCAUCCACACAUCCAGGCACGCCUUUACCACAAAGCAACACCCUACCUGCCAUCAACAUUCCCCAUGAUGGCAGCCCUCAUACACCAAGGCCGCACUCAGCAUCCAGGUCCCACACACACCAUUUUACCGGGCCGCUGUUCUCACCAUCCCCAUUCCACUCGACCGUCAGCGGCCUCGUCCCAUCAAACCUGCUCAAAGACGCCCACUCAGCGCGAAGACCGCCAUCGCGGAGGAGGCCCAGCCUGCGGUCAAGCCUGUACGUGUCGCAGGACGAGCUGUCGGUGGAGCCGAUAGGCGAGGAGGAAGAGAGGGUGAUAAUGUCCGCAAUUGAGAGGAGUCGCACGGCAGACGAGUCGCAGAUCUCCGCCCAGCAGCAAGGCAAGAAGGGUGUCAGGGCCCGAGCCAAGAGCCUGACGAACUCGGUGGGAGACCUCUUCGGCGUCAGGAGGAAGCGUGACAACGGGGCACCGCGCGAGGGGGACGAAAGCGGAGAGAGCAGCCAGAGGAAUGGGGAUGCCAGCACGGACACGUUGUAA